GCAACAUUGUUUCCACCUGGCCAGAGACGCCUUGCAGCCCACUGCGCCUGCGCCUCGUACACAACCCACCGCAUCUCUCAGCUGAUCGCCCCAAUUGUGCCGCCGCAUCCAGAUUAGCGGACCGGGCGACGUACAAGCCCGAAGGACGACAGUGCGUACGCGUACACGACGCAGCACCGCAACCCCACUGCACCCUCGCGUUCCCAGGUGCAACUACACGACGCUCCCGAUCUGGCCUCUCGCGCGCCCGAACGAUGAAUGGCCCCAGGCGAAAGACGCCCCGCUGGUGAUUGCUGCUAAGGCCUCUGAACACGUACACUCGUCUGCGACGACCGCACACACAAAGAAGACAGGCCGAUGGCGCAGCGCAAGGGAGGCUGGGGCUCGUUCCUGGGCAGCGCCGUGUCGGGCCUCGAGUCGCGGCUGGACAGCAUCCUCACCGACGACGACCAGGCAAGCGCGAAGUCGAGGGCAGCCGAGGCGGCGGCCAAGCUGGAGGCGGCCGAGAAGCAGCGCUUGCAGGUCGACCAAGUGUCCCGUAGCUCCUCACGGAGCCGGCCCAACUCGCGGCUGCAGGACCGCCUCGCAAAGGCCGUCAACAAGGGCAAAGAAGGCGCCGACUCGCGGCCGUCGUCGGACCUGGGAUCGCGCCCAGAGAGCCCUGCCCUGAAGAACCCCUCCAUCGACGCACCCAGGACGAGCUUAGACUCGAGGACAUCCGAGGCUGUGCCACCAGAGAUCCCGCUCGACAGCAAGCCUGAGCUCCCAAAAGUCGACCACCCAGCGGCCGGCCCGUCGCCGCGGCCCUCGGUCGACACGACGCCCGUCUCUCCUCGAGCGUCGUCGGUCGUCUCCGAGCAGCCCCCGUCGACACCCGCCCCCACCAUGGCCAUACCUGCGAUUCUGACUCCGCAGGCCUCGUCUCCCCGCCAAUCCGUCGACAGCUCGCGGUCCCGCCCCUCCAUCGAGAUACCAACCCCCGCAGAACCCACUGCAGCGUCUCAAGACCCCGAAACGCUCCAGGUCGAGUUGUCUGCGCUGCAAACCGCGCAUGAUGAGAUGCUCCGCGAGCAUCGUGAAGAGCUCAAUGCCCACCUGGAACGCAUCGACGCCCUGCAAUCGAAGCUCACCUAUCUGUCGCAACAGCUCGCCUCCUCUGCCAAAGCCUCGGACUCCGGAGCCACGCCGGCGGACAAGAAACUGGCGGAGAAGGAUGCACAGAUAGCGGCGCUCAUGGAAGAGGGGCAGAAGCUGUCCAAGACGGAAAUGAAGCACAUGACGACCAUUAAGAAGAUGCGAGCGAAAGCAUUAGAAACAGACAAGGAUAUGACAAAUCUCAAACAGCGACUGUCCAAAGCUGAAAGGGCAAUUGCGGAGCAGACGGACAGGGCCAAGCGCGCCGAGGCUGCUGAGAAGGCAGCGCAGGACAAGCUCAAAGUGGUGGCCAAGAUCGAGAAAGACAUUGAGUUGAUACGGUCGGAACGCGAAGAGGCUGGUCUCACCAUAGCGGAGUUGAGGAGACAGCUAAACGACGCAUUGGCGAGGGCCGAGGAUGCAGAAAAGCGCGCUCAGACCGGAGCUUUGGAAGCCGAGAAGCGAGCUACAGCAUCGUUGCAGGAAGAUAUCGAGAACCUGCGCAUCGAGAAGAAGCUCGCAGAGGACCGCGCCAAGAAAGACCUGCAAGAGGCGAGAGACGAAGCGACGAGGCAACAGGAAAGGGCUAACGUCUCUGAAUUGGAGCUGCGUGGUGAAAUUGCUAACCUCGAGUCCAAACUCGAACUCCUCCGAAGCCGCUCCGAGGAAGUCUCGUCUUCGGCAUCCGGCGAUUCUCAGGCCAAGCUGCUCCGCCAGAUCGAAACCCUCCAAACCCAGUACGCCCUCGCUUCCGAAAAUUGGCAGGGUAUCGAGGGAACCCUCACCUCCCGUGUUGCAGCCCUAGAGAAGGACCGGGACGAAACAGCAAAGCGUGAAACCGACGUUCGCCGAAAAGCUCGAGAGGUCAAUUCCAAAGCACGUCGAUUGGAGGAUGAAUUGGAGAGCAUCAACGAUCGUGCGCGAACACUGGAGCAGGACCUCACCGAACAGCGCAACUCAGCACAGAAGCUUCAAGCACGUUUGACGCAAGCAGAAACUGUGGCGCAGGAUGCACGUGCCGACUUUGAACGCGAGAAGAAGAUCAUGGAAGCAGACUUCUCGCAACGGCUGGAGGAAGAGAAGAACAAAUGGAGGAUGGAGAUGCAGUCCCAGGCAACACUCUCCGAAAACCAUCUUAGGACUGACUCUCCUGGACCAAGCUUGCGAAGGCACUCCCCAGAUCCUUUAGGCAUAUAUGGCACGAAUCGCCGAAACGUACUCCCACGCUCGAUAUCCCAUGGUAUGGAAACACCCAUAGAUCGCAUGCUCGAAGAGGCACGCCGACCGUCUUCCUCUCGACAAAAGUCAACCUCGACUCAUCCAAGGACGCCUGAGAUUGGGUCGCCGCAACGGCAGGACUCAUUCCCUUCCAUCUCGUCCAACCUGAUGAGCAAUGGGCACAGUGUGUCCAACACCCCAUCCAUCCACACACCGUCCUUCGACGAUGCCGGCUUCGACGCAAAUUCCUCACCCCAUCGCACAAUCAACGACAUGAUCUCCGUUAGCACCGUCGGCGCCGGUCCCAGCGUCCAGCUCGUCGAGCGCCUCUCCACCGCUGUGCGCCGCCUGGAAUCCGAGAAAGCCACCAACAAGGAAGAAAUGGCGCGCCUCAUCAGCCAGCGCGACGAAGCCAGAGAAGAAGUCGUCACGUUCAUGCGAGAGCUCGACGAGAAGCGCGAACAAGGCGAAAAGGUCGAGCGCCUGGAAAAGGAAAUGCAGGAGAUGAACGAGCGGUACGAGAAGUGUCUCGAGAUGCUGGGCGAGAAGUCGGAGAGGGUGGAUGAGCUGGAGGAGGACCUGAAGGAUGUGAAGAAGAUGUAUCGGGAUCUGGUGAGCAGCAAAUACUAAAGUACAUCUACCGUGAUGGGCGCGUGGGAAAUAUGCACGCGAAUGUAUGGUACUUGUUGGUAUUAGCAUAUGGCGGUUUCUGGACUAGAGGGGAUACCUUGGUGGGAUCCAUGGCUUUCUAUCCAUCGCGUAUCCAUCACACUCGCUUAUUCUCUUGCACACCCGCCCAAUUUAUGA